AUGGAGUCCACAAUUCCUGACUGGCUAGAGUUAGUUGCUCGCAAACGCAACGAAUGUCGCGAGAAGAUCCCCAAGGAAUGGAUUUUACCUACCGAGCAUCUUAACAAUUCUCCGCAUCUGAUAGAAUAUGAUGCGCCGCGCCGAAGUGGCCUCCUUUCCGAACUCGAAUUGGAUAUCACUGAGAACUAUACCGCAACUCAACUGCUGAGAAAGCUUGCAGUGGGCAAUGUCACUUCCCUGGAUGUUACCACUGCAUUUUGCAAACGUGCUGCUAUCGCUCAACAAUUGACAUUGUGUCUCACGGAAACCGCGUUCCCUGAAGCUCUUGAGAGAGCUCGUUUCUUAGAUGCAUAUCUCGAACGAGAGAAAAAGCCCAUUGGUCCACUUCAUGGUCUUCCUAUCAGUGUAAAGGAUAGUUUCUGUAUUGAAGGUCUGCAGUCGACCGUGGGCUAUGUCUCAUUCUUGAAGAAUGCACCAGAGACAAAGAACUCGGCCCUUGUCGCAAUGCUCUUGGAUCUUGGUGCAGUCCUAUACGUGAAGACCAACAUUCCCCAAACCAUGAUGACGGGUGAUUCGGAAAAUAAUAUCUUCGGUCGCACUUUGAAUCCUCACAAUACGGCCCUAACAGCUGGUGGAUCUAGCGGUGGUGAGGGUGCCCUGGUAGGGUUCCGGGGGUCCAUCCUAGGUGUCGGCACCGAUAUCGCUGGCUCAAUUCGCAUCCCAGCACUGUGCUGUGGUGUAUACGGGUUUAAGCCAACAGUAGACCGUGUCCCCUUUGGUGGGCAGGUGUCCGGUGCAAUGGAAGGUCUACCGGGGUUAAAACCUGCAGCUGGACCUCUCGCACACAGUGUUUCUGAUUUGCAGCUUUUCAUGAAAACUAUCCUGAAAGAUGGUCAAGCCUGGAAAUAUGAUACCACAGCUUCUGGUGCGCCAUGGAUCGAUGGUCCACGCGGAGGUGAUGCGCGCAAUGGAAGGCUAACGAUUGGAGUUUUGUCUGAGGAUAAGCAAUUCCCACUUCAUCCACCCAUCAAGCGAGCCUUGGACCUUGCAGUUGAACGAUUAACUCGAGCCGGACAUCGCAUCGUUCGAAUCGAAAGUCCGAGUGAGGAACUCUCGGUUUCGUAUGCAUCUCGUCUUGCAUUCCAAUAUUUCAUCUACGGUCCCGCGGAAGACCAUAUCACGCCCAGUGGUGAGCCAUUGGUAGAAUCAGUGGCCAAAUUCUCCUCGCCUAUGUUCACUGGGCCAUUCCCAGUUGAUCAAAUUCUCGAAAUUGUACAGAAAAUCAACGAACUGCACCACGCUCGUCUGCGAGUUUGCGAUUCAUGGCGCCAGGUCUGGAUAGAUCAUCAUUUGGACGUGCUUCUAGCUCCAGGGUCGCAAAGUACUGCCGUGGCAUAUGACACUUACGGAUGGCCCCCUUAUACACUUAUGUGGAAUCUGAUAGAUUAUCCUGCUUGUAUUAUUCCAUUCGGGAAAGCGUCGAAGGAACUUGAUCCGGAGACGAUGGAAACCGGUGAUGAAGUUCAACCUAAUUAUAACCCGGAGGAAGUUGACGGUGCACCAUGUGCCAUUCAGAUUGUUGCACCACCCUUCCAGGAUGAGACUUGUUUAUGGGCUGCAGAUAUCAUUGACAGGGAUAUUCGAGGGUGA